AUGAAUAAAAGUUGGCGUAAAUCAAAUAAAAACAAAGUACAAGACGAUCAACGACAGCGAAGUCGGAAAGAACGGAAUCUGGAAGAUUGUGUAGCUGCUGUGGUCGUAAACAUGUGGGUAAGCAAGUUUGCCCAGCUAAAGGUAAAGUUUGCUUUAAGUGUAAAAAAUGUAAUCACUAUUCACGAAUGUGUAGAAGUAAGACGGUGCAUGCAGUUGAAGCUUCUAACAAUUCAAGUUACGAGGACGGUGAUUUCUUUAUCGGGGUAGUUAAUGAAGUUAGCGAUACAAACGAUGAAAUAUCCUUGCAGUUGUUAAUCGAAGGGAGUGACUCAAUUAAAGCUAAACUAGAUACUGGGGCCCAAGUUAACGUAAUGCCGGUACACGUUUAUAAUUCCUUAAAGACAAAGUCAAAAGUGUUACAGCCAACUAAAGUAAAAUUAAUUGCAUACGGGGGAAAUAGAAUUGGUAGAUGUCAGCUGAAAUGCAAAUAUAAGAACGAGAGCUAUAAAAGAAACAUAUAACAUGGUGUCAGGUGUGGGAUAUAAGAACGAAGCCCAUAACCUUGAAUUUUACGUUGUUAAUGCCACUGCUCUCGCUGCUUUGAGUUUAAAACAUGCCAAGAUCUAUCAUUAAUCAAAGUUAUAAUGACGGUGAAUAAGCCGGACGAAACACCAAUUGUGAUCAGUUACUUGAAGAGUUUAGUGAUGUUUUCAAAGGCCAAGGAUGUUUAUCGCAUGAAUAUCACAUUCAAUUAAAGCCAGGCGUUAAACCCGUCGUGCAUGGUGCAAGAAAAACACCUGUCAGCUUGAGAGAUAAAGUAAAACACGAAUUAGAACGAAUGGAAAAGUUAAAUAUAUUACGAAGAGUUGAUGAGCCAACAGCAUGA